UAUGGGACCCCGCGGCCCCCCAGGACCUUCUGGCUCCCCUGGUCCCCAAGGAUUUCAAGGCAACCCUGGUGAGCCUGGCGAGCCUGGAGCUGCUGGUCCCAUGGGGCCCCGGGGCCCCCCAGGACCUCCUGGGAAGCCUGGUGAUGAUGGUGAGACAGGCAAGCCUGGCAAGUCUGGGGAGCGUGGUCCCCCCGGCCCCCAGGGUGCUCGUGGCUUCCCUGGCACCCCCGGGCUGCCUGGAGUGAAAGGGCACAGGGGUUACCCUGGCCUGGAUGGUGCCAAGGGAGAGGCAGGAGCCCCCGGAGCCAAGGGUGAGUCCGGCUCCCCCGGCGAGAACGGCUCCCCCGGGCCCAUGGGUCCCCGUGGGCUGCCUGGAGAGAGAGGACGGCCAGGACCCUCCGGCGCUGCGGGUGCUCGUGGCAACGAUGGACUCCCCGGCCCCGCCGGCCCCCCUGGACCUGUUGGCCCAGCUGGAGCCCCUGGCUUCCCCGGGGCCCCUGGCUCCAAGGGUGAAGCUGGUCCCACUGGUGCCCGAGGUCCGGAGGGUGCUCAAGGGCCCCGGGGUGAAUCCGGGACCCCAGGCUCCCCCGGCCCCGCUGGUGCCCCUGGCAACCCUGGCACUGAUGGCAUCCCCGGGGCCAAGGGCUCGGCGGGGGCCCCUGGCAUCGCCGGAGCUCCAGGAUUCCCUGGCCCCCGCGGCCCACCAGGACCCCAGGGAGCCACCGGCCCGCUGGGACCCAAGGGACAGACGGGCGAACCUGGCAUCGCUGGCUUCAAGGGCGAGCAGGGUCCCAAGGGCGAGACGGGACCCGCAGGACCCCAAGGUGCCCCCGGGCCAGCUGGUGAGGAAGGCAAGAGAGGAGCUCGUGGUGAACCAGGGGCUGCUGGCCCCGUGGGACCACCUGGAGAGAGGGGUGCUCCUGGCAACAGAGGCUUCCCCGGCCAGGAUGGGUUGGCAGGACCCAAGGGUGCCCCUGGGGAGCGUGGCCCUGCUGGCCUGGCAGGUCCCAAAGGUGCCAGCGGCGACCCCGGGCGCCCCGGAGAGCCUGGACUGCCCGGAGCCAGGGGUCUCACCGGGCGCCCAGGCGACGCAGGACCUCAAGGCAAAGUUGGCCCAACCGGUGCUCCUGGUGAAGAUGGUCGCCCUGGCCCCCCUGGCCCCCAGGGUGCCCGUGGGCAGCCUGGUGUGAUGGGGUUCCCUGGGCCCAAAGGUGCCAACGGUGAGCCUGGCAAAGCUGGGGAGAAAGGACUCCCUGGAGCCCCCGGGCUGAGGGGGCUUCCUGGCAAGGAUGGAGAGACAGGAGCUGCCGGGCCCCCCGGACCUGCUGGCCCCGCGGGGGAGAGAGGAGAGCAAGGAGCCCCUGGCCCCUCCGGCUUCCAGGGGCUGCCUGGACCCCCAGGACCCCCCGGAGAGAGCGGCAAACCUGGAGACCAGGGUGUUCCUGGAGAAGCUGGAGCCCCGGGGCUCGUCGGGCCCAGAGGCGAGCGCGGCUUCCCCGGGGAGCGAGGCUCUCCCGGCGCCCAGGGGCUGCAGGGGCCGCGCGGGCUGCCGGGCACGCCGGGCACCGACGGACCCAAGGGUGCCACUGGGCCCGCUGGCCCCAACGGCGCCCAAGGCCCCCCGGGGCUGCAGGGGAUGCCCGGGGAGAGAGGAGCUGCCGGCAUCGCGGGGCCCAAGGGCGACCGGGGAGACGUUGGAGAGAAGGGACCCGAGGGGGCCCCCGGGAAGGACGGAGCUCGGGGUCUGACAGGUCCCAUCGGUCCCCCAGGCCCUGCUGGCCCCAAUGGCGAGAAGGGUGAAUCUGGCCCUCCAGGCCCUUCUGGCGCCGCCGGUGCCCGCGGUGCCCCCGGUGAGCGUGGUGAGCCCGGGGCCCCCGGCCCCGCCGGAUUCGCUGGACCCCCGGGUGCUGAUGGCCAACCUGGUGCCAAAGGAGAGCAAGGAGAGCCUGGGCAGAAGGGAGAUGCUGGAGCCCCUGGGCCCCAGGGACCCUCCGGAGCCCCUGGACCUCAGGGUCCCACUGGUGUCACCGGUCCCAAAGGAGCUCGUGGGGCUCAGGGCCCCCCUGGAGCCACAGGAUUCCCCGGAGCUGCAGGGCGUGUGGGACCCCCUGGCCCCAAUGGUAACCCAGGCCCCCCAGGCCCCCCUGGCUCAGCUGGCAAGGAUGGUCCCAAGGGUGCUCGUGGCGAUGCUGGCCCCCCAGGGCGUGCUGGGGACCCUGGGCUCCAGGGCCCUGCGGGACCCCCAGGGGAGAAGGGGGAGCCAGGCGAGGAUGGCCCCGCGGGUCCUGAUGGCCCCCCCGGUCCCCAAGGGCUGGCAGGGCAGAGAGGCAUCGUUGGGCUCCCCGGGCAGCGCGGGGAGAGAGGCUUCCCCGGCCUGCCAGGGCCCUCGGGUGAACCUGGCAAGCAAGGAGCCCCUGGCUCAGCAGGGGACCGUGGCCCCCCCGGCCCAGUGGGGCCCCCUGGCCUGACUGGUCCUGCUGGUGAACCUGGCCGUGAGGGCAACCCUGGCUCUGAUGGACCCCCAGGGAGAGAUGGAGCAGCUGGGGUCAAGGGUGACCGUGGUGAGACUGGGCCUGUCGGUGCCCCUGGUGCCCCUGGUGCCCCUGGAGCUCCUGGCCCUGUUGGUCCUACUGGCAAGCAAGGAGACAGAGGAGAGACGGGUGCACAAGGUCCCAUGGGUCCCUCUGGUCCUGCUGGUGCUCGAGGAAUGCCGGGUCCCCAGGGUCCUCGUGGGGACAAGGGUGAGACAGGAGAGGCUGGAGAGAGAGGCCUGAAGGGUCACCGAGGCUUCACCGGGCUGCAGGGGCUCCCUGGCCCACCUGGUCCUUCUGGAGACCAAGGUGCUGCUGGGCCUGCAGGGCCCUCUGGUCCCAGGGGUCCCCCUGGCCCCGUGGGCCCCUCUGGCAAGGACGGCUCCAACGGCAUGCCCGGCCCCAUCGGCCCCCCCGGGCCCCGGGGGCGGAGCGGCGAAACAGGACCCGCGGGCCCUCCCGGCAACCCCGGCCCCCCCGGGCCGCCCGGGCCGCCGGGCACCGGCAUCGACAUGUCUGCGUUCGCGGGGCUGGGGCAGCCCGAGAAGGGCCCCGACCCCAUCCGCUACAUGCGGGCGGACGAGGCGGGGGCCGGCCUGCGCCAGCACGACGUGGAGGUGGACGCCACCCUCAAGGCCCUCAACAACCAGAUCGAGAGCAUCCGCAGCCCCGAGGGCUCCAAGAAGAACCCGGCCAGGACCUGCCGCGACAUCAAGCUCUGCCACCCCGACUGGAAGAGCGGAGACUACUGGAUCGACCCCAACCAGGGCUGCACCUUGGAUGCCAUCAAAGUCUUCUGCAACAUGGAGACAGGAGAGACCUGCGUCUACCCCACCCCCAGGAGCAUCCCCAAGAAGAACUGGUGGAGCAGCAAGUCCAAGGACAAGAAGCACAUCUGGUUUGCAGAGACCAUCAAUGGUGGUUUCCAUUUCAGCUAUGGGGAUGAGGACCUGGCUCCCAACACUGCCAGCAUCCAGAUGACCUUCCUGCGCCUGCUGUCCACCGAGGGCUCGCAGAACGUCACCUACCACUGCAGGAACAGCAUUGCCUACCUGGACCAGGAGUCAGGCAACCUGAAGAAGGCUCUGCUCAUCCAGGGCUCCAACGACGUGGAGAUCAGGGCUGAGGGCAACAGCAGGUUCACCUACAGCGUCCUGGAGGAUGGCUGCACGAGGCACACUGGCAGGUGGGGCAAGACAGUCAUCGAGUACCGGUCGCAGAAGACCUCGCGCCUGCCCAUCGUGGACAUUGCACCCAUGGACAUUGGUGGAGCUGAGCAAGAGUUUGGUGUUGACAUUGGCCCAGUCUGCUUCCUGUAGAACAACAGAAGAAGAACAGAGCCAGAAUUGCUUUAUUGGAGUGGUUGGUUGCUGGUUGGUGCUGGUGGUUGUCGCUGUGUUGCGUUUGGGUUUCGUUUCCUUUGU